AUGGGCGCGAAUCAAAUCGAGGAAGGACUCCAGCAUAUUUUCCAAGAGAUUGCCCACAUCCGGGGGGCCCUCGGAACGUUCGAGGUCUUCGGAGACACCGUGCACUCGAUCCAAGAGAGCAUCGAGGGCAUUCAGUUUCAAGUGGGCAACACCAACAUGGCACUCCACCGGCUCGUGCAGAUGGCCAUCCAGAUCGGCGCGGCCCAGCAGGUCGAGAGCAGCUUGAGCAGUGGAAGCGAGGAGGCCACCGUGACUACGACCCUCGACCCCGGGAGCACCGCGCUGCCAACGACCGCUCAGACGGCAGCGGCCAACAUCGAAAGCCAGGGCGGGGCGGAGCAGGUGCUGCCCGACCCCGCCGGGCCCGGCUUGUGGGGGCUGGUCUGA